AACAUGGCAAAUGCUAAGGGCACUAAAGAGAUGGCUGCUGAGUGGCUUCCUAGAACCUUCAAUUAGCUCUGUUCUGUUCUGUUGUCUAUCACAAAAAUAGUUCCCUCUUUUUCCUAAAAUUCCUAUACUAUAUAGCAAAGGGAUAACCUCUUCUUCAGGAACCCUCUGCUAGGUACUCCUUACUUCAAUUCUCCAAUCUCCUAGCUUCUCAUAAUCUCAUCCACAAAACUUUUUACCUUUGUUACUUUCUAGAAGCUCUGUUAGUUUUUCCCUAUUCAUUUUUAUUGUUUCAUAUUUGUCCCUUUACAAUCUCAAGUAUAUAUCAUCAUCAUUCAUAAGAACUAGGGUUCAGUUUGUACCUUUUAUUGUUCUUCAGAUUUCUGAAUUUUGCUCCUUGUUAAGUUGUUAUUACUAUUUGAUUAUUCUAGUAGUCCCUUUGUUCAACAUAUCAUUGGUUCAAUUGCUAGAUCUGAACCUCUUCUGUGUUUUAUGCUAGUUAGGGUUUCCCCCCCCCCCCCCCCUUUUAUAGCUGAAAUUGAAAAGAAAACCCCAGCUAGAUCUCUGUGGAAAAAAGUGUAAUUUCUUGUUCAAGUUUUAAUCUUUGGUAAGCAACAUGAUCUCUAUGGAUUCCCUUUUGGAAAAUUUCCCUGGUUCCCUGAACGGAUGCAUGUUUGGGAACGGUCCUGUAUCUGUGUUUUCAAAUCAGAACCCAGGUAGUGGGUUGAAUGUGGAAGAUUCAUCAUCCCCUUCAAACCAUUCAGAAUUGGCUGCUGAUUCUGGUCCUUCUGCUGCUGCUGCUGUUGGCACAACCUCAAGCUCAAAUGGGGAAUCUGGAGAGAGUAGUAAGCAUUCCAAUCCCAUUCUCAGAUACAUCAGUGACAUCCUCAUGGAUGAAGAAGACGAUCUGGAGCGUAAACCCUGCAUGUUGCAGGAUUGUUUGAGGCUCCAAGCUGCUGAAAAAUCAUUCUAUGAUGUGCUCGGUCGAAGCUAUCCUUCAUCGCCGCACCAAGUCCAGGGUGGUUUCCGUGAUGAUAACGCUGAUCCAGAUGAUGGUUUUGGUGGGGGAACUACUAGUUCUGAGGGAUAUAGCAGUAACACCACUGAUACUUCAUGUGAGUCUGAUUUGGUUAACGGUGCUGGUGAUUUCGAGUCUUAUUUUCGGCAAAGAGCUCUAGUUGAUUCCCCAGGCAAUAGCUCUGAGGUUUUGGAUGGAGUACCUCUUGAUCCAUUGAGAGGUACACAACCUGGUGCCCUUUUUUCAAAUGGAGCCUUGGAUGUGAUUCAAUGGAAGGUUAAGCCACAGGUGAUUCAAGAGAGUGUGAUUCGGGGUUCUGCGGCAACCAAAGGACCAAGGGAGAAGAGAGGUCAUCUUAUGAAUAAUUUCUCACAUGUGGAAGAGGAGAGAAGCAACAAGCUUUCAGCUGUUUACUCUGAUGAUUCGGAGCUAUCAGAAAUGUUUGAUGAGGUGCUGCUUUGCAAGGAUGGUAAAAGUCCAUCUUUUUUUUGUUUUAAUCAUGAACCAUCACAGAUUGCUGGCUCAAGAGGAUCUAAUGGAAAGACAUCGCGUUCAAAGAAAGGUUCCAAGAAGGGGACGAGUCCAACUACAACGGUAGAUUUAUGGACCCUGCUAACUCAAUGUGCACAGGCCGUGGCUAGCUAUGACCAAAGGAAUGCGAGUGAGAUACUCAAGCAGAUUAGGGACAACUCUUCACCUUUUGGCGAUGGACUCCAGCGUUUAGCUCAUUAUGUUGCCAAUGGGCUGGAGACGCGAUUAUUUGCUGGGACACCGAAGUAUACACUCCUUCAGUCUUCAUCUGCUGCUGAUAUGUUGAAAGCUUACAAAGUGUAUAUCACAGCAUCUCCAUUUUGGAGGAUGACAAAUUUCUUGGCCAACAGAACAAUUCUAAAGCUAGUACAGAAUGUGAGCAGUGUUCACAUUAUUGACUUUGGGAUUUUCUAUGGUUUCCAGUGGCCUUGCCUCAUCCAACGUCUAUCAGAAAGACCGGGUGGGCCACCAAAGCUUCGAAUUACCGGAAUUGAUCUUCCUCAGCCGGGAUUUAGGCCUACAGAAAGGGUCGAGGAGACGGGGUGGCGCCUUGCGAAGUACUGCAAGAGGUUUGGAGUGCCAUUUGAGUACAAUUUCCUUGCACAGAAAUGGGAAACUAUAAGACUUGAGGACCUCAAAAUCGACAUGGAAGAAGAAGUAACCGUGGUGAACUGUUUGUACAGAUUGAAGAACCUCUCUGAUGAAACUGUGACUGUGAACUGUCCAAGAGAUGCUGUGUUGAAGUUGAUCAGGAGGGUUAAUCCAAACAUCUUCAUACAUGGGGUAAUCAAUGGAACUUACAAUGCACCGUUUUUUCUGACUCGGUUCAGGGAGGCACUCUUCCAUUUCUCAUCAUUGUUUGACAUGUUUGAGGCUACUGUACCGCGCGAAGAUAAAUAUAGGUUGAUGUUUGAGGAAGGGUUAUUUGGACGGGAUGCGGUUAAUGUGAUAGCGUGUGAGGGUGCAGAGAGGGUUGAAAGGCCAGAGACCUACAAGCAGUGGCAGGUUCGGAACCGCAGAGCAGGGUUCAAGCAACUUCCAUUAGCGCCGGAACUCUCGAGUAGAGUGAAGGAAAUGGUGAAGAAGGAAUAUCAUAAAGAUUUUGUGGUGGAUGAGGAUGGCAAGUGGGUUUUACAGGGAUGGAAAGGGAGGAUUCUUCAUGCUGUUUCGUGUUGGGUUCCUGCUUAGGCAAUGACCUUCUUAGGGAUUUUUUUAUAUUUUUCUUUCAUAGUUUGUGUAUAAGGUACCAAGUAAGGAUAUAUUAAUCUUGAAUUUAAAUGGUCUGAAUUGGAAAUCACAAUAUACUUAAACUAGGAUGGGAUAUAUUCUUACUCGUACACUUCAUAGAAGUUUAUUUCAGAGGUUUAUAUGCCUUGGUCAAUGCAAAACAUUUACUAUAUGUGUUUUUCA